AUGGCGUCCGGUUUCGUGGAGUCCCUUGUCGAGGCGGCCGUGGAGAGCAGGAAGUCUGAACUGCACGCCCUGAGCGACUACCUCUGGCAGAACCCCGAGCUGGCUCUGGAAGAAUUCAAGGCCCACGAGAGGCUCACGGAGUUCCUCGAAGCCCAGGGCUUCAGGGUGCAGCGGCACUGGCUUCUGGACACCGCUUUCCGCGCAGAGUUCGACAACACCGAAGGCGCUCAAGGUCCAACGGUGGCCUUCUUGUGCGAGUACGACGCCCUCCCGGAGAUCGGACAUGCCUGCGGACACAACCUGAUCGCCGAGAGCUCGGUGGCAGCCGCCGUCGCCGUCAGGGAGGUCCUCCUCAAAAGUCCACACAUCCGUGGCAAGGUCCUUGUGAUAGGGACCCCUGGCGAGGAGAACUGUGGCGGCAAGGAGAUGCUCCUGCAAAAGGACGCCUUCAAGGACGUGGACGCGGCACUCGUGGCUCAUCCUGCGCGCCAAGACAUCCUUAAAACGUCUUUCACGGCCAUGCAGCUUCUAACGAUCCGGUUCCGUGGACGGACUGCUCACGCGGCCGCGUCUCCCUGGGAAGGCCUCAAUGCCUUGGACGCAGCCGUCACUUCUUACAUGAACGUCUCCGUGCUUAGGCAGCAGAUGAAGCCUGAGUGGAAAGUACAAGGGGUGAUGCUGAACGCCGGCAAGUACCCGAAUGUCAUUCCGGAGGAGAGCGAACUCAGGUACCAGGUCCGGGCCCCGAACACGGAUGAACUGAACCUGCUGGUCUCCAGGGUCGAAGCGUGCUUUAGGGGCGCCGCUGAAGCCACGGGAUGCUCGGUGGACAUCGCCAAGGGAAUCAAGUACAAGCACAUGAUUAACAAUGGCACCAUCAUCGACGUCUUCCAGAAACACGCUGAGGCUCUUGGCAUGGUCUUCGAGGACGCCGACCCGGCAGUGGCGAAGAGGACCGGGGCUUCGACGGACACGGGCAACGUGUCUCAGCAACUGCCUACCGUGCACCCCGUGUUCGCGAUUCCAGCGAAGGGGCGCAACCACACCCGUGAGUUUUCCGCUGGUGCGGGCGACACCGGCGCCCAAGAACCAACUCUGAAGGUGGCCCGGGUCAUGGCGCUGACGGCUCUCGACUUGCUCGCGAACCCUGGACUGAUUGGCCAGGCUAAAGAGGAGCUGACGCUCGCCACCGCCUCGACGACCAAUGAGUAA